CAAAUGUAUGCCAACAAACAUUACUCCAGAUACGUUUAUUCCGACGUUAAUUCAAAUCCAGUUGUGUCAUAUUCUAUACGCUCAGUUCUUUGGCGAUUGUCGUACAAGCAUCAAGUGUCGUGGAAAAAAUCCGAAACAAUCUUCUAAAACACAUUUAAAAUGGCUGAACCAAUCCGUGUUGUUGUUACUGGCGCUGCCGGUCAGAUUGCCUACUCGAUUUUAUACAUGAUUGCUAAGGGUGAUGUGUUUGGACGUGACCAACCAUUGAUCUUGCAUUUGUUGGACAUUCCACCAAUGAUGGGUGUCUUGGAGGGUGUUGUCAUGGAAUUAGCCGACUGUGCCUUACCCUUGUUGCGUCAGGUCAUCCCAACAGCUGAUCCAAAUGUUGCAUUCAAAGAUGUUUCGGCCGCAUUCUUGGUCGGUGCUAUGCCACGCAAAGAGGGUAUGGAACGUAAAGAUUUGCUUUCAGCCAAUGUAAAGAUCUUCAAGGUGCAAGGUGAAGCCCUUGAUAAAUAUGCCAAGAAAGACGUUAAAGUUUUGGUUGUCGGAAACCCAGCCAAUACAAACGCUUUCAUUUGCUCGCACUAUGCACCAUCGAUCCCACGUGAAAACUUCACAGCAAUGACCCGAUUGGAUCAAAACCGUGCUCAAGCUCAUGUUGCAGCCAAAGUCGGGGUUCCAGUUGAAAACGUUAAGAAUGUCAUCAUUUGGGGCAACCAUUCGGCUACUCAAUUCCCAGACGUGAAACACGCCACAGUCAAAGUUGGCAAUGCGGAAAAAUCCGUAUACGAUGCCAUUGGUGACAACAACUACUUGCAGACCGAUUUCGUAACAAUCAUCCAAAAGAGAGGAGCAGCUGUCAUCGCCGCACGAAAAAUGUCAUCAGCUAUGUCGGCAGCUAAGGCCGCCACUGACCAUAUGCACGAUUGGUGGAACGGUACCGAAAAAGGAAAAUGGGUAUCGAUGGGAGUCGUAUCCGAUGGAAGCUAUGGCAUCGCUAAGGACAUUGUUUUCUCAUUCCCAGUGACAAUCGAAAACCAUCAAUGGAAAAUCGUCCAAGGAUUGUCUGUCGAUGAUUUUGCUCGCAGCAAAUUCGACGUCACCGCUGCCGAACUUUUGGAAGAAAAAGAGGAGGCAACCGCCGUUUGUAAAUUGUAAAAAGAGAUUGGCAACCAAUGUCUCAAUUCAAACGAACAAAAACAAAAAAAAUCAAUCAAUUGAAACCAAGAGUUCAAUAUCCCACACACAAUAAAAUGAAACAGGAGAAAUCACAAAACGAAAAUCAUACAUUGCAACUUAUACAUAUUAUACAAUUUCCCCAUCCUUGUGUAGAGGAAGCACGUACAAUAAAAACCAAUAUAUUAUUGUUAUGAGAUUAAA